CCCAGCGCCACCUGAGUGCCUUGGGGCUCUGCGCUCGCAGCUCACCGUGCUCCGCACCGUUUGCAGCUUGGUGCUUGGAAGAAUGGACGAGACCUGUGAGAUAAAAUACAAAAUGCUGGACAGCCCUCUGGGGAAAAUAGAGAUAUCUGGUUGUGAGCGAGGUCUACAUGGGAUAAGGCUCCCUGGCACGAAGACCCCCAAAGCUGAGCCCACAGAGGCCCCGGCUCUUCCUGCAGCCCCCAGCAGUGUGGAGAGGAUGGCAGAGCCCCUGGCACAGGGCGCAGCCUGGCUGGGUGCCUACUUCCACGAGCCCGCGGCCCUCACGGAGCUGCCCAUGCCAGCCCUGCACCACCCCGUCUUCCAGCAAGAUUCGUUCACCAGAAGGGUGUUGCUGAAACUGCUGAAGGUCGUGAAGUUUGGAGAAGUGGUUUCUUACCAGCAACUAGCAGCCCUGGCAGGCAGCCCCCGAGCCGCUCGGGCUGUGGGAGGAGCAAUGAGAAGCAACCCUGUCCCCAUCCUCAUCCCGUGCCACAGAGUGGUCUGCAGCAGCGGAGCCAUGGGCAACUACUCCUCCGGAGGACUGGCCGUGAAGGAGUGGCUUCUGGCCCAUGAGGGUGGCCCGGCGGGGACACCAGCCCAGGCAGGGAGCAGGGGUGGCCCCAGCAGCUCCCCACGUGCUGGCCGCAGCUGAGUGUGUGCGGCAGGAGUGAGCAUGGAGCGGCAGGUGGAGGCGGGACCGCAUGGGGCGCGGGCUGUGUGCACCAGUAUAUUAAAAGAGCCAGGCAUGUCCUGGGGGACGCAG